AUGAGUAGUAUGAAACAAGAGAUUGAAGAGGAAAUUCGCAUUUUCAAGGAAUCGCAUAGUCGACUCCUUGCAGUGCUUCGUGAACGUCAGAAACGUCGACGGCUGCAGCUCGAGGCGAACGGUGAUUUAAGAAAACACGUAGACACAAGAAAAAAGCAAGGUUCACCGGAUCGCGACAACAAAUUAAAGAAAACUGUGGUCAGCUCAUAUAAGCCGUAUGGCAUUCCAUCAAGUGUCUUGCGAAAAUCGGAACAAGUUGGUCACAGGAAACAUUCAACUGAUCACACGAACAAGGGCGAUUCAACUCAGGAUGGAGAGAAAACCAUUCGUAAUGAUUAUUGCCAAUAUUUUGUUGAUUCAGGUCGCCGCCCUCAAAAUUUCAUUCGAGAUACCGAGCUUUCACAACGUUUCGACGAGUAUCCGAAGCUGAAAGAUCUUACCAAGUUGAAGAAUGCUUUGGUAUCGAGCCGAGCGACACCUCCAACUUAUUUAAAAGCUGAUCUCCGAUCAUUCGAGUUAAAAUCAAUCGGAACUAAAUUCGAUGUCAUAUUAAUUGAUCCCCCUCUAAAGGAUUUGUUAAUAGAUGGAUAUUUUUAUAAGCACAAUCGGCUACUUAACUCAUCUUCAUCUAUUCAUUACGCCAAUCUCAAGAUUGAAGAUGUAGCAGCAACUCCUUCAUUCAUAUUUAUUUGGUCAGGUGACGCGGACGGUCUUGAUCGUGGUCGCCAAUUACUUCUCAAAUGGGGUUAUCGCAGAUGCGAGGAUAUUGUAUGGAUAAAAACCAACAAAGCUUGGGAGGGAAGUCGAUUCUUUGAGGAACGAUCUGUUUUUCAACGAACGAAGGAACAUUGCAUAAUGGGUAUCAAGGGCACCGUUAGGCGCAGUACAGAUGGACACUUCAUUCAUUGUAAUGUGGACACAGACGUCAUCAUAUCUGAAGAACCUCCAUUUGGCAGCACUCGCAAACCCGAAGAAUUAUACCACAUAAUAGAACACUUUUGCCUUGGGCGCAGGAGACUAGAAUUAUUUGGCGAGGAUCACAACAUUCGCCCAGGAUGGCUUACUAUUGGGAAUGGGUUGUCGAGUUCCAAUUUUGAUGCAAACACAUAUGCGUCGUAUUUUUCCGAGCAAAACGGGUAUCUUCUUGGUUCAACACCAGACAUCGAAAGUUUAAGACCGAAAUCGCCUCCAAUUCAACCUAAACCGGGUCCCGCCAUGAAGCAAAAACCCAAAAAACCAAUCAAUAAUAAUACCAUGGCCGUUCCUCCAAUUCCACAGAUGACCACAUUUCCGGCUCGAUGGAUUUCAUCGAUGGAUGGUAACAUUUAUGGAAAAGGACAAUGA